AUGGCGAGGCGAGCGCAGCUGGCUCUGCCGGCCGACCAUCCGGAGCACUACCGCGUCGACGUGGGAGACUCGUGGGCGAAUCUGUGCCUGCGCGGUGAGCAAUACGUGGACGCGAUGUGGCUCAGGGGUGUCCUCCCUUGGUGCCUGCUGCAGCGCUACCACUUCUAUGCCGACAACGCUGUCCGCCACAUGCUGCGCGGUUACGCGCUGAACGUGGACGGGGAGGAGGUGACCGAUUUCGCAGGUGUGGACCACUGGCUUGUGAUCCACCUCGUCACUGUCCGGAGGAUGAGGGCCACGCGCUGCGCUGGAGUCAAGGCGUAUGUGACGAAGCAUUUCGUCCCCGACGAAGCCAGCGGGAUACGGGAGCCGCUCCACAUGGUUGACCUGCUCUGCGCGCCAGAAGGCUCGUUCGCCUUCGACGCCGCGAGGAUGUUGUCGCGCCUGGACGACCUGUCGCAGGUGGUGGCGUGGACCAGGAACGAACGCCGCCCUGGGCCGGCUCGACCUGGUGGAGCUGCCCCGCCUGAGCCUGUCGUUCGAGGAGCGGGAGGGCCGGCUGUUCUCCUGCGACCACAAGGGCCUGAGCCUCGUCCCCAGGCUGCCGCUGGAGCUGGCCGAGCAGCAGGCCGCCCUCUUCCGGGGCCUCCCGCACGCCGUCCCCCUGGUCGACCUGACCGUUUGUGCCUGUCCCGGCUUUUCUGCUUUGGCGCAUCCUCGUGCCGUUCGUGCUGCCCCACCGGCCCAGGAUCGCCUCGGAGCCCUUCUCCUGCGAGCUGGUCCUCGAGCGCGGCAGCGCCGAGUGGAGGAGGCACAGGACGAAGACGUUCCUCUACGAGGUGCAUGUCUCGCAGAUGUUUCUCUACACCCCGACCCGUAAGGAUCGGCGCUGUAUCUGAUGCUCAUGCGCUUCGCGGCGCGCAGCUACGAGGCGGUGGUCCAGCUGGUCAACGCGACCGGCAGCGACUCCGCCUACGAGCUCGAGGAGAGAGGAGCGUGUUCGAUCACCUCGGAGCUUUCAAGGACGACCAGCACCCGAACGCUCACGCGUGCAGGCUCAAGAUCGGCCUGUCCGUCGCGUUCGCUGGGAUGAAGCUGCCCUGGCGCCCCGACGUCGAGAUGGCGUCGUACUUGGCGAAGUACUCUCAUCUGUCGGCGGUGUGCCGGCUGAGCACUGAGGAGGAGGGCCGGGCUCUGAAGCUCGUCGACGAGUGGGUGACGAGCAUGACGGUGGCGCAAGAGCAGAUCAAGAGCCUCACCAAGGAGCAGCGGGGCAAGUUCCUGCGCAUGAUCGCCGAUCCUGAGUGCGCGAUCGAGUGCUCGCCGCAGGACCACAAGGAGCUGCAGAGCUUCCUUGAUCGCACCCAGGCGGCCUUGCGCUUCAACGAGAUCUUCCGCGGCGACGGGGACAUACGGGGCAUCCUGCUGGAGGCAAACGGGUACCGCCCGCUUCCACCUGACAUGGCCGCCUCCAUCGAGAACAGGAAGGUGUUUGUGGACGCCACGUUUUCGCCGCCCGCGAGCGGCAUGAUCAAUCUGGCACUGCCCGAAGGGGACCCGAGGCGACCUCCAGGGUCCAUCUUCCACACGAAAGACCAGGCGAGCCUCUUCUGCAGCGGCAAGGGCCUCUUGCGGGAGAUCAGAGGCGGCCGACCCGAGGACAAGAUUGACCAAGACGAGAUCCGGCUGCAGGGCAUGCGCAACCGGGUGCGCUUGAAAGAGGCGACGUUGAGAGGCAUGGAGGCUUUGAUGGGCCAGACCCCCAUGAACAAGAGCCUGGCGGAGUUCGGCAGGCUCUACUCCAUGUUCCGCCAGCUGAAGCCGGUCCGAGUACAGGCGGGCGUCGACCCGGCGGUGCAGGACCACGACUUCGCGACCCUACUCUUCUUCCUCCGCCCGGAGGCGCGGGCUCGGGGCAUCGUGCCCUCGCUGUUCCGGGUAAUGGCGAACAACCCCGAGCAGUCUUGGCCAGUGUUGAAGGGCGGCAAGCCACCACUGAAGAGCCUCAAGGCAUGGGAGCAUCACGUUCACGCCAUCAGCGAGGUGCUUCGAAAGAAUCAGGCCGACUUCCGCUGGCCGAUGGGCAUGGUCUGCUUCAAAGAGUUGAACCAAAACGUGCAGGCUGUCACGAUUGCUCCUGCUCCGGUGGCGCCGCGUGGCACGCGGGAGGAGCUCGUGUUUGGGCCCUGCGAGGAGAAGGUGUACGUCUGGCGCUGCCCGGCAAUAACCAACUCGCGCCGGGCGUCUGUGAGCAUCGGUGUGGAGCACGAGUUCGAGGCGGACGUGAAGGCCUUCUCGGACAAGCCCCUCGAGAGCGUGGACCAGGGCGGGCUGAAGCAGUACGUCCAGAACCUGGUGCCCGAGCAGAUCCCGCACGAGCUGCCCUUCGACGUCCGGGGCCACCCCGUCAUGAGGUCCAAGAUCGCCGCGAACGUGCUGAGGCGCGUCGAGGAGGACAUGCGGUCCUACGCCACCGAGCGGGCCAGGGCGGAGAACCACCCCCGCCUGCGCUGCCUGCAGCCGCUGCUCACCACGAGGAGCACGGCCUGCACGCCGGAGGCCCAGGAGCAGCUCGGCCGGCUGGCCACUGCGCUGCACGAGCGCAGGAGGAAAGACGAGCAGCUCAUCCUGCGACUCACUGCGGAGGUGCUGGAGCUCGCGAACGCGCUCCCCGGCGCCGGCGCCCCCGAGGAGACGUGCUUCUGGCUCCUCCGGCACGCCGAGCAGGAGGCCGACGUCCGCUUCCAGUUCGCGUGCGCCGCCCUCAUCAGCACCGAAGGGCUGGCAGACCUGAGGAGUGUGAAUCCCUUCCUUGACGAGCACGCCUGCGAGCGCAUCCAGCGCAUGAUCUCCAUGCUGAUGCUGUACAGCGUGCGCGUCGCCCAGCUCAGCGUGGUGGCCGCCGCAGUGGAUGGUCUCCGCAAGGACACGGCUGCCCUCGGGAAGGCAGGGCGGGAGCUGAGCGACCAGCAGCUCGAGAGCAUGCGGGACAAGGAGCUGAACGUCGGAUUGCUGGUGACAGCCCGCAGAACGUACUUAAAAUAUUCGAAUGGUAGCCACGGCGGCGCCGCAUCCUUCGAGCUCGACCCUCGCUUCCUGGCCUUCGAGUUCAGCACGCGCAUGCUCCUGCGGGUGCGGCAGGUGGCGCUCGUCCAGGAGUUCGCCGGCAAGGCCGAGGGCGACGAGUCUCUCGUCAAGCAGAUGAUCAUGGGCGCUGGGAAGACCACCGUGGUCUCCCCGCUGCUCGCCAUGCUCCUCACCAACAGCGAGCGGCUGGUCUGCAUCGUGGUGCCGGGACCCCUCCGGGAGCUGGCCAGGUCGGUGCUCACGGUCGUCUUCUCGAGCAUCAUUUGCAAGCGGAUCCUCCACAUCUACAUGUCGCGCAGCGACGACUUGGACAGGCGCCUCGCAGAGAAGGUGGGACAAGCGGCGAUUGCCGGCGAUGUUGCCCUCACGACGCCGACGGAUGUCAAGAGCUUGAUGCUUCGCUUCGUCGAGGGUCUAAUCAUAAUCAACACACCGAGUGCUUUGAGAAGGGAGAAGGACCUACAGCGAAACACCAAGACCUUAGGAGGAGUGCUUGAGGUGUUUCGCAAAGGCGUGGCACUAAUCGACGAGGUCGAUUGGGUCUUGCACCCAAUGAAGUCGGAGCUGAACUUCCCGAUCGGAAUGAAGGAGCUGAUCGAUUUCCAUCCUCAUCGUUGGAAUCUGCCCAUGUACAUGUUUGACCUGAUCCUGGGUGAGGGCACGGCAAGGCAGAAGAAGGCUGGGGGCGCGUGCGUGGACCUGAAAGCCGAGAUUCAGCAGCAGUUGGGUAAGGUUAUCGAAGAUGGAGGGCUACGAGGAGAAGACCCUCCUGCGAGAGCCCCACCUCGUCCUGCUCAGCGAAGACUUCUACGAGGAGAAGAUGAAGCGGCUCGUCGCCGAGUGGAUCAAGCUCUGGCUGGACCGCCAGCACGUGGGACACCGAUUCCGGGGCCAGACGCGCCGGGUCGGCCUGUGCCCGGACGAGGUCAUGUCGUUCAUCUGCAACAGGCUCACCGCCUCGUACGUUGUCGUGUCGUUUCGGGAGUCGGUGCCGGUCGUGUACACGCAGUCGGGCAAGGAGGGCCGCGCCUUUGCCCGCCCGGGCGACGCCGGGCAGGCGCUGCGCCAGGUGGAAGGCGGGGCCUGGCAGCUCACCCUCCGCGUCCCGGGUGGCAGCCCCGAGCAGCUGGUGUUCGAGGCCGCCUGCAGUCCAGAGCCGGACGGGGCCACGGUUCCCUCGUCCGGGUGGCAGCAUGCCGGCGAGGGGGGCGUCGCUCUGGAGGAGCAGCCGACGGUGAUGCACGUGCGCAGGGAGGGGCGGAUUCUGCAGCUGCCCGAGAGCGACGUGUGCACGCUGAACCUGUGUAG